AUGGGUCCUUCCGACGACAGGAGGCGGCCAGCCGCUCUUGAUUUGACUCCUACACGAUCAUCCUCGAACGGAUCUUCCUCAACCACAUCUUCGCUCAAGCCGCCGAGGACACCGAGGUUCGCCGAGGCAACUGCAGUACAUUCUCCCAUCGAUGGAAGGAACCCGUUUUCGGAGAGAUCAGAGAUUGCACAGGCUCAGCCAGCAGAUGUCGGUUUUGGAUACAUUGGCAAUGGAGCAUCCGGAAGGGAAUCAGUCAAUGUUCCCAUGACACCAGCAUCACCACUCAAGAGUGCCAUGAGGGUACCUGGCACACCAGCAAGGAAAAUCGAGAACCCUCUCAGCCCAACAUUCAGAGAAGAGGAGAUUCUCGAGAAGCGCGAAAAGGAUACAGACAAGGAGCAAGCCAACGACCUGAAAAUCAAGACCAGAGUGAGGUUGGCCAAGUUCGCCCUUCGCGGUGUCAACUUCAGCUGCAGUCUGAUUGUCUUAUCAAUGCUGUCAUCCUCUUUUGCCAUCUUCAACGCUACCAAGGCAUUGCCAGCACAAAAUGGAUUGCCUGCUUGGGCUUCGAACACGAAUUCAUGGCCGCAAAAGGUCGUGCUGGCUGCCUCUUGUGUAUCUCUCGCUAUUUGUGUCUUGGUCUUUGUCGGUUACUGUCGAGGCGGCCACCACAGAGCCGAGAAGGUUGGUGUCUAUUACACGCUGUUUGCCGUUGGCUGGUUCAUCUUCAGCAUGGUCAUGUGGGUGGUAGCCGCCGGUGUCCUGCAGUACAGCAAGAGCAACAGCAACAACCAGGACAUGUGGGGAUGGGCUUGCGUCCAGAAUCACCGUUCCGAAUUGUUCCAAGACAAGGUCGACUACGCUCUCGUCUGCAGACUCCAGAACUGGGCUCUCAUCUGCAUCAUCAUUGAAAUCGUCAUUGAAGUUAUUAGCAUCACGCUCUACAGCGUCGUUUUCUACCGCUACUACACCAAACGCCGCCUGACAAAGUCCAUGGAUAUGCGGGAUCGCGCCCGUUCAGAUCUGUACUUGGCUCAACUGCGCAGCCAGUCUGCCCCCAACACUCCGGGCUUCGGCCCCAAGUCGCCUGCCUUCUCUCAGUAUGCCAUGUCGCCGCGCUUCCCUCCGUCAGCCUACAAGUCACUCGAUGACAUUUCGGAGGCGCCAACUUUCACUCCUGCUGGGCCUGUUGUCGAGCCGCAGUCCACGUUUGCAAGCGCUUCGCCGAGUUCUCCAGCCAAGCCCUUCAGCCUUCAAGCACCUCCCAAGAAGGCUCGCGGUGCUACCCCCAAGCAAGGCUAUCUGACAACACCAGACUCGCCCAAUGCACCGGAACCAAACUUCACCUCCAGCCAGCACGCCCCAGUCGCUCCUGGCGAGGUGCAAUACGCCGCCGUGCCUAUUCCUGGCGCAUAUGCGGACGCAGCAGUCAAAAGCCCACCGGCUAGUCAGUUCACCUUCCGGUAG